CCAUUAUUUAUCCCUCAUAAUUAAUAUCUUUGAUACACAAAGAGCCAACUCUAUAAAUCAUCUUUUAUUUUAGAGCUUAACAUUGCUAUUGGUGACACAAGGACAUUGACUUAGCUAAAUAAUUCUUUUUCGUGUGUUGUGUUUUUACCUAAUAGCUAGGCACUAUGGAGGGACAUGAAAUUUUAGGGUUUGCUUUCUUUGUAAUUGGUUUAUGGCACCUUUUCAACAACAUAAAGCUCCACUUUCUAUGUUAUACUUUCAAGUCCUACACAUCAACCCUAUGGUUUCCCACCAAAAUAAGUAGAUACGUAGAGCUUCAUCUCAUCAUGGCAAGUUGCAUUAUUUUCAUAGCCAUGGAACUCUUCAUAGCUCCUCUUCAUCACCAACCAUUUGACCCUAAUGAUGGUACCAUUCCCUCCAACCAUCUCCAUAACUUUGAACACUCUUCCAUGGCUUUGUCUUUCUUAGUCUAUGCUACAUUUGCCAUGAUUCUUGAUAGAAAAUCAACAAGUACUAAAAGUCAAAAUGAAAUUACCCAUUUGCUAGCAGCAAUAGCAUUUGCACAACAAUUUCUUCUUAUUCAUCUCCAUUCAAGGGAUCACAUGGGUAUAGAAGGACAAUAUCAUUAUUUACUACAAGUUUUGAUUUCGAUUUGUUUUGUGACAACCCUUAUGGGAAUUGGUUAUCCAAUGAGCUUCUUGGUGAGUUUUGUGCGAUCUGUUAGCAUAACCUUCCAAGGUUUGUGGCUUAUGUUCAUGGGGCUCAUGCUUUUUACACCUGGUUUUGAACCGAAAGGUUGCUUUACGAAACUUGAGGGAGAUCAAUAUGUUGUUAAGUGCAGUGAUGAAAAGGCUCUUCAUCGUGCUGUUUCAUUGGUGAAUCUUCAAUUCAGCUGGUUCUUGAUUGGAGUCACUGUUUUUGCUGUGUCUUUCUACUUGAUUAUGGCUAUAAGUUAUGGCGAAAAAGUAAAGUAUGUUUCACUGAUGAUGAAGGAGGAACAUUAUCGUGAAGAUGGCUUAAAAAAUUUACAUGUUGAGUCCCAAUGCCAAAAGAUCACCACAGGCAUGCCGGAGCAAAUCUGAAUAACUUGGUGAAAUUAAUAAAUGUUCUAUUAGUGACAAAAAUUGUAUUGCUUAAAUUCUACUUGUUGCAUAAAAAAAAUAUACUACAAAGUGUCUAGAUUAUUUGACAAAUAAUAUUAAAAUUUUUGGAUAGACAAUAAAAAUAUGGACCAUCUCAUCA